AUGGACUAUAGUAAAAUAAACAAAAGUGGCUCGGCAAUUUCUUUGCCCACAAUCAACAGAUUGACGCCCUUUUUGUCACUCGUGCAUUUGGAUUACCCUCAAAUUUUGGAAGACGAAUACAGCGGAUUUCUAAGCACUCGCAUGGUGGACGAUUUUAGAGAUUACGCGGUUGUUUACUUCAAGGCAUUUGGCGACCGAAUCAAAUAUUGGGUGACUAUAAACGAGCCGAGGACGCUGAUACUAGGCGGCUACGAGGUCGGCGAUAUGGCCCCAGGACACUGCACUAGCGUUUCCAACUGGACUUGCGACGCCGGAAAUUCCUCGACGGAGCCAUACAUUGUGGCCCACAACCAGCUCCUUGCUCAUGCAGCUGCCGUCCAGUUGUACCGCCGGAAAUAUCAGGCAACUCAGAAAGGCAUCAUCGGAAUAUCAAUGAAUGCCGACUGGAUCAUCCCAUACAGCUCGAGCAAGGGCGACAUUCAAGCAGCCAAAAGAGCCAUUGAUUUCACUUUUGGGUGGUUUAUGGAUCCAAUAUACAAAGGCGAUUAUCCCGAGAACAUGAAGCGAUAUGUUGGGGAUAGACUACCGAGAUUUUCGGAACAAGAAUCGACAAUGCUGAAAGGGUCAUACGACUUUUUGGGGAUCAACUAUUACACUACCCAAUAUACUCUUGAUCGGAUUGACUAUAGCGAUCCUCGCCACCCAAAUGGCUACGAUACUCGUGUCCAACUUUCUUUUGUAAGAAAUGGACAAAUAAUUGGCCCUCAGACAGUUACACUCUGGAUGACCAUAUAUCCUAGAGGACUUUAUAACCUUUUACUCUACAUAAAAGACACAUACCAGAAUCCUCUUGUCUACAUUACAGAAAAUGGACUACCCGAUUCGGGAAACUACACGCAUUCGCCACUUGAAGCACCACCGGAUGACGAGUCGAGAAUUUCGUAUCUCAGAGAUCAUCUCAUAUCUCUCAGAAGAGCCAUGAGAAAAGGAGCCAAUGUGAAGGGCUAUAUGGUGUGGUCACUACUCGAUGGAUUCGAGUGGACCGGUGGCUAUGAAUGGAAAUUUGGAUUGUACUACGUUGAACAUUUCAAAGCCCCUUGGAUCAGAAUCCCUAAGAUGUCUGCAAUUUGGUUUAGGAAGUUCCUUAAACGAAUUAGUUAG